AUGAGGGGGAUCUGUGCCUCCUACCAGCUCCUGCCCGACAAGGAUGAGGAGCUGCCUGUGGGAUGUGGGGAGCUGGCCGGAGAGGGGCAGCCAGGCUGGGAGGGAGCCCCAGCAGCGGCCCCGGCACUGGAGGAGCCAUGCAGGCUGGCACUGAGCACACCGAGCAGCAUCCUGCAGGACAGGGAGAUCCAGGUGCUGGGCUCCCACCUGCCCCCCCGGCUGACACAGCAGCGCUGGCACCUGCUGUGCUGCACCAGGUGGGACGGCUUCAGCCUGCGGACCCUGUACCGGUUCAGGGGCCAGCUAGGCUCCCCCACCCUGCUGCUCAUCAGGGACACAGAGGCACAGCCGGCCUUCGGUGCCUUCUCUGUCACCACCAUUCGCUGCAGCAAUGGCUUCUACAGGACAGGGGAGACCUUCGUCUUCUUCUCCCCGGACCUGAAGGUGUUCAGGUGGAUGGGCAGGAACAACUUCUUUGUGAAAGGGGACAUAGACCUGCUGAUGAUUGGUGGGGGCAGCAGUAAAUUUGGGCUGUGGCUGGACAGAGACCUGCACUACAGGGGCAGCCACCCCUGCGAGACUUUUGACAAUGAGACCCUCUCACCCGGGGAAGAGUUCUGCAUCCAAGACCUGGAAGUGUGGGGCCUGGCCUGAUCCUGCCACCCACACCUGUGGACAGAGGUGGCAUCAGCGGGGAUGCUUUGGGACCGAUGUCUCGUGCACAGCUGUUCCCUGCCAACACUCACCGAGCCUGCUGGGAUGGUGCACAGCCUCACCCUUGCCUCCCUCCACCCUGUCCCCAGCAAUGUCUCCAUUUCAUGUGCCAACAGCUGGUAGGGGCAGCAUGAUGGGGACAGGCU